UUGUAUUUAGGAAGGUUAGCUUAUCAAAAGCAAGCAAAACCGGGUAAGGAAAGUGUUCUCGUAUUUGGUGCACUAUUGGUGCCACACUUGCCUUCUCGACAACUCGCAGGAAUACGAGAGUGAAUAUCGAAUAUAACUUAAUCAAAACAAUGAACCAAAUCCGAGUUAUCACUGAAUUAAAGAAGGAAAAAUUGAGGAAGACUUUAAAGGCAAGAUACCCGAGGUUUUGGAAUACUUGGAUUUUCUAGAGCUCUAUUUACRGAGGGUUUACUAGAGCAUAAGUGAACACACUAAUUCCACUCGUCGUUACAGCAAAACAAUUUAUCCCAAACAGCUCAUCGGAUAUAAAGAGUGGUUGAGUCUAUCAAAAACUUGGUGAGGUCUACGCUACUGCGUUGGAAUCUUCGGUGGGCUACCUUGGACGGGACUGUGUGUAUUCAAACCGCAUUGUUGUGGUUACUGACCGCUGUGUUAUUUAAGGCAUCAAGUUUUUUUGGGAUUGUACGAGUUUACGACCCAUUUGUUUUAAUUCAUACCCGAGAACACUGCAGAAGAGGUUUGAUUGAACGUAUUAUCAAGCACAUACUUCUCUCUUGUCAUCUGGAUCUGACUUAGUCAGGAAGAAAGGAAUCCCAUCGUUAAGCAAAUAUUAACAUGGUAUAUGGUUAAGCAUUCAACAAGUGACUUUUUGAAUAUGGAUCUACCUAAUUCAACCAUGAAUGCAACUAAAGCACCGGGGCGACCGCCUCAAGAGUACUUCUGUAGCCUUCCCACAGAAUCCGAAUUCAAGUUUCAAACAACAUUUUUAAUCCUCAUUCUCAUACUGACCUUCGUCGGAAACCUUUUGGUCGUUCUAGCCGUGAUAUUUUUCCGUCGACUUCGCUAUAUCACAAACUACUUCAUCGUGUCUCUAGCAGUGAGUGACCUGCUCAUCUCCAUCUUUUUGCCAUUCAGGAUCGAUCAGACAAUACAUAAUGCGCAUUGGUGCUUGAGCAAGGAAUUCUGUCGCCUCUGGAUCGUAAUAGAAACGACCUGUAGUUAUGCAUCUAUGUGGAACCUUGCAAUCAUCUCUAUUGAUCGAUAUACUGCCAUAGUGCAUCCUUUUCGAUACCAUUCAAUAAUAACAAAUAAAGUAGGGUAUGGACUUAUUAGCUUUGUCUGGGGCUUCUCCUUCACGUUAGCCUUAAUGGCACUAAUGAAUUGGACUUCCUGGGAGCAGGAACGCUUUUUAUAUGAACCUGAGUGUGGAAAAAAAGACAAAUACUACUAUACGAUAUCAGCUGCAAUAUCGUUUUAUUUGCCUUUGUUAAUAGUGUUGGUCAUGUAUGGGUUCGUUUUCCGCGUGGCCUUUAAUCAAGCAAAGGCAAUGGCUGCGCUCCAAGUUUCUUCAAACAACAGAGGAAGACGAAGCUCAAUCAACCUGGUAAAGGAAGUAAAGGCAGCCAAGACAUUGGCAAUUGUUAUAGGCUGCUUCGUGGUCUGUUGGUUCCCUUUCUCCGUUCUUCUUCAGAUUAGUCUUUGGGCUAAAGAAGAACUUAUUUUGCCCCUUUCUCGUGACGUUAAAGUUGGAUUGAGUUUGACAUUUAUAUAUGCACUUCCAGCUCUCAACUCGACAUUAAACCCCAUCAUUUAUGCUUUAUUCAAUCGCGAAUUUCGUCAAGCGUUUAUAAAGCUUGCUAAGCGGAUGACCGGUCAACCCUUGGGAGCGGUUGGUUUUGGAGAAUCAACCAUGACUGGAACGACAGUUUCAAAAGCUGACAAUGGGGUUUAUCAUAGUAAUCAAAACCGAGCAAUCCGCUUUCAGGAUCAUGACAGUGAAAGCUCCGAGGUUCCUCCAACAAUUCCUAUGCGAGAUCCAAACGCUUUUUACAACGAUAGCUGUAUUGAAAUCCCAGCAAAUGGCAGCACUUUGGCUGCGCCACACGAUACCAACUCAAUGGAAACUACGUUAGAUGAUGAUAGACCAACACAAUGCCCUUCACCUAACAGCAAAGAUACGGCGGAUGCGAAGACUCCACAGUGCAAUGGGGCUGGUGGUGGUGGUGGCAAUGUUCAUAGUGAAGAGAACCCUUCGAGAGGAGAAAUACCUCAAAAGUUACCUCCUUUGGAAAGAGACGGUUCUAAAUCCACAGACGAUGAUGUCGAUUUAGGUGCAGGUGGAUUAGCCAAGCCUUUAACUUUACCGCCAAUUGAAUCAACUAACACUAGCGAACUAAAUCCCUCUCUAUCACCGGCAAGAUCCGAACGUUCUGAACUAUCAUCAUCGUCACUAGUAAACGUUGCGGAACAUGAGGACAAAACAUGCGACAUAACUGACAGUGUUUUAUAAAAAUAUAUAUUCAACCUGGGUGACAUUUUUCCCGCAAUCAAAUUUUAGAUGACGUGAAAUAUCAGUUAUAGAAAUAGAAAUAACAGGAAAAUAUCUAUUCGGCAUUGUUUCCCGUUGGCAGUAUCUUUAGGCAGAUUUAGAAGGAGGGAUUGUAAAAGCAUCCUUUUUUAAUACUUCGCAUUUAAUGUUAGUGUUCUGAUCAGGUUUUGUUUAAAUAAUGAUCAUUAAUCAUGAUGAUUGUGCGCGUAUUCAACGAUUUCGAUCUCUUUUGAUUAUGAACUAUUUUUGAAAAGCUCAUCGAGUUUAAGACAAUGAAUAUCGAAAAUUGAAAAAUGGAAGUCAGGAAUUUUCAAUUUUCAGGAAAAAUAAUUUGACUGUCUCUGACUUACAUUUACUAAAACUUUAGAUGUUUCGGCUCACACUCACACGUUUCAGUUACACAGAGUCUACUUUUAAUUUCCCAGGAGACAAAUCCCUUAUUUCUCUCGCUCGGGGGAAAGAUUAAAGGGAGAUUUUGCCGGCAGGGUAACACAGUGGAAACUUUGAAACUUUGAGUAACAUUAAAUUAGCGAAUUAUUUUUCAUGCAAAAUGAACAAAGACUUUAAAAAUAUCAGGCGAUAUUGUAGGCUGAUUUUGACUAGCCUAAAGCAGUACUAAAACAAAUUUUGGAUAGUGAUUCGAUUACAAUGAAUAUGAUAUAAAUUAUGGGUUUAUCUUGGCAUACUAACUUACGUAUAUAUUGUUAUAUCCUUCGAUACGGUCAAUCAGAUGUUGUAAAUAAAAAAUUAGAUUAUUAUAGGGCGUUCAUAUGCGUAACAAACUUGUUUGCAUCAUUUAAACUGAAAAAUUAAAUUACAACCAUUUGCGCAAUGUGAUUUGUGAUAUAUAAAGCUAUAAUGAUGAGGCCAUAAAUGUUAAGAUUAGCCACGUGUAACAACAUUUGAGCCCUGCGCAACGAGGUAGGUAACUUGCGGAGCAAUGCGCAGUAUGAUUAAUGUAAUGCGUACCACCGUUAGUGCCAUUCCGCAAUAACAUCCGUGGCAUGUAUGCACUACUGCAACAGAAGGUUGCGCAGAAAGAUUUUGAGUGCAUACAACAUUAAAGUAGUGUACAAAAUAAAGCCAUGCGACAUUAUACUACUGGCACGAGCCAAUAAGAUCAGUGUCAUGUAUGCGCUAUUGAAACAGAAGGUUGCGCAUAAAGAUUUUAAGAACAUACAUCAUUAAAUAAGUGUACAAUUAUAAAGCCAUGCGACAUUAUACUACUGGCACGAGUCACUAAGAUCAGUGGCACAAUAAGAUUAGUGAUAUGGAAUGUACGAACAAUUUGUAACGUAACAAAUCUCCACACUGUGAAAUAAGAGCAAUGCGCAAUAAAAAAAAGUUCAACGUACGACAAUAUAUUCACGUGAAAACAUUCCUGGUAUGUGUAUGAGAGCUUUAGAGCUACUCUAUCAACUCUAGGGCAACAUCUUUAAGGUUAUAUUCACUGAGUCAUCAGAGAAAGCUAUCUUUCGAUGGCAAUGGACGUUGAGAUGUAAAACCACGAACAUUUAUAUUACAAAACAUAUCUGGCCUUACUACAAAUUCUAGAGGCUACAAGACUGAUAACACGUCUUAGUCAAAUCCAACUGGUGAUCUAUCAUCAAUGCAGCGUUCUGAUUGGAUAACCUACUAUUAGUCUAUAAGUUAUACCCUACUAGUAGCAAAAAGUGCUGGCUUUGAAAACCAAAGCAUUAAAUUUACUGACUUUUCUGAA